GGCGCUACCCUUCCCAAGCAUUUCGCGAUACAGGCCAUUGAAUCAUUCAUAUCCAUUACCGCAUAUCAAGGUUAUUCGCUACCCCAUACCUUCAAUGGUUGAACUUCACGAGGAUCUGAGUAGAAUUAUUGACCGUCUUCCAGCAGACGAUGGAGAGUGCCGCAGAGUGCGACACUUGGUUCUACAGAGGCGUAGCCCGUACGUGACAGACGACCGUCUUGCAAAGGUUCUCCCGCUAUGCCCUUAUCUAGAGUCUGUGGUCUUGUCUGGAGUUCCAGAUAUCACAGACAGGACUGUCGUCAAACUUGCCUCUGAUGCGUCAAAUCUUCAGGGCAUCAAUUUAUCCGGUUGCAAGUUUGUAACCGAUGUAGGAGUGUUGGAGCUCAUGGCUAAAUCCCCUCCUCUUCAGUGGGUACAGCUGAAUGCCGUCGGAGGCCUUACCGAUCCUUCCAUAUCAGCCAUAGCGAAAUCGUGCUCCAAGCUUGUGGAGCUAGAGCUAUGCGAUCUGCCCCUGCUGACCGCUAUAGCUGUGCGCGAUAUCUGGUCGUAUUCAAGGAAGCUCCGGGUACUGCGUCUAAGCCGCUGCUCGCUGUUGACGGACAAGGCUUUCCCAUGUUCGUCCGCUUGGGGGGAGGCAGCACCGGAUGGGAAACCCCUACCGCACAGACCAGUGACCUGGCUUGAUGCCCUUCCUCCCCUUUUCCUACGACACACGGCAGAAAAUUUGCGAGUGUUGGACCUUGGAUAUUGCACAAAAAUCACGGACGAGGCGAUCGAAGGAAUCGUGUUGCAUGCCCCAAAAAUUCAAACACUAGUGCUGUCCGGGUGCUCGAAGCUAACGGAUAGAGCAGUGGAAAGCAUAUGCAAACUCGGUAAACACCUGGACAUCCUUGUCCUUGCGCAUGCUCAACAUGUCACGGAUACUGCUAUCGUAAAACUAGCACGAGCUUGCCUCAAACUCAGAUCUAUCGAUCUAGCAUUUUGCCGUCACUUAACAGACAUGUCGGUAUUUGAGUUGGGUACUCUACCAAAUAUUCAGCGCCUCAGUCUUGUUCGCGUUCACAAACUUACUGACAAUGCCGUCUACUUUCUCGCCGAACACACCCCGAACUUGGAGCGAUUGCAUCUUUCGUACUGCGAUCGCAUUUCGCUGGAUUCGGCUCAUCGUCUGAUGCGCAAUUUGCAAAACCUCCAACAUCUGACUGCAACCGGUGUGCCAUCCUUCAGAAGGAAAGGCGUCAGCAGGUUCUCCGAUACUCCACCCAGGACUCUCGACGCGGAUCAGCAAGCUGUUUUUCGGGUGUUCAGCGGGGAGAAUGUCAAAGCCCUACGCAGGUUCUUGGACAAAGAGGACCAGCGUCGCCGGGAGGCAGAAGUCCAGAAUAUACCCUUCGUUCCCCGAUCCGACGACAAGCUUGACCUAUACUAACGUAAUGGACGAUAUUCGGCGCGGUCAAGUAUGUAGUUCUGCUGCAGAUUGUUAGGUUCUUCGUCUGGGUAUCACUGUUGACUUAUAGUAUUUUGUACAAUUAUUGAAUAUUCGAGGUUCCACGCUGUCCUUUCUGACAACUUGACGGCUCCAUCAUAAUACUGUACUUGUUUAAACCUGAAUGAUGCUUGUAAUGAUGCAUCAUUUCCACAAAUCAGUAACGUCGCGGGUUCCUAAAGUGGUGAAGAAGAUAAGGGAAGAAAUAGCUUUACAUGGCAGUCCAUGGCGGUCCUACCGACGGCACCCCACGGUGAUUGUAGGAAGGUUUCCUCGAGUUUGAGAUAUUCUAUCUUUGGCUCGCGUGAUUGCGGCCAAUGCGCUUCCAAUAUGAAACAGAAGGGCGAAAACCAUGAUGGC